UUGCGCAUGCGCAUCAAAUUCAACAUGUCUGCGCCCUUAUAGCAAGGUGAUAAAGUAGCAGCACUUUAAAAAGUAGAUUUAACAGCGGGUCACCUGACUUAAAGAUGACGUUUGAGUGAAAUUAUAUUUUUGUAUGUCAGGAAACAGUUUAUUCGACAUAGACAAACUGCGAACAGAAGUUUUUGACGGGUUUACGAUCACAUUAGCUCGGCGUUUGCUAGUUUUCCCAGACUUGUAAAAUUUUCAUAGCAAAAUAGCAGUUUGGAAGUCAGCUUUUAUGAUAGAAUUGCUUAUAGUUUGUCUGAGUGUGUCAUUGUUUUUGCUACAUUUCUGAUUUCAUUUGUAGACGAUGUAAACUUGUGUUAAAAAGUACGUUAUUUUGAAAGAAUAGCGUAUCCUCGCAAAAUAUAAACGCUAGAUAACAGGAUCUUAUUCUAAAACCAGCUCAACAAAAGUAGGGGAUAUUGGUUUGUUACGUAAAAUAACAAUCUCAAACCUGGAUGAUUAUUAAAUGAAAUUGGGCUUAGAGAGGAGUUUACUCACUGUAAAUUGAAAUUUUUUUUUUCCUACUACGUAAAUGAUCUGACCUAAAUUUGUGAUGGCUUAUAGAAGAUUUUUUAAUCUUUUUCUGAAAAGAAGUGAAAGUGCUUAUUUCUUUCCCAAACCUCAAAAUGUGAUCGGUCCCACCUCUCUUGAAGAAUCAUGUCAUCGCUCUCACAGAGCACUUCACACUGAUAAACCACUGAUGCAGAAGCUGCUGUCUGCAGAUGAACUUUUUGCUAAGAACGCUCUAAAGGAACACUUGGAAAAGAGGGAGGACGAGUACAAUCAGUGUUUACAAGUGAUCAGUGGCACUGUGGCAGAAGAUGAGCAUUGUGCGGAUGAAAUGAAGGCUAAAAGGACCAAAGUAUCCCUGCUGGCUCCUCUCAUCCAGAGCAUCAGAGAUCUGGAUAAAAAACAGAGAGAUGUUGCAGAGGCCGAGAUACUCCUGAAAGAUGAAGAUCCAGCACUGCGAGAACUGGCUGAGCUGGAGAGAGAAAGUUGCUUGCAAGACAUUCAACAUCUGAGACAAAAGAUCCUGGAUCUGCUGAUCCCCGAGGAGGAGGCUGAUAUGAGUGACCUUGUCCUGGAAGUCACAGCUGGCGUUGGAGGUCAAGAGGCCAUGCUGUUCACUGCAGAGAUGUUUGACAUGUACCAUGGCUUCGCUCAACAUCACGGCUGGUCCUUCGACGUCCUGGAGCACAUGCCCAGUGACCUGGGAGGUCUGCGCCAUGCCUCGGCUAGCGUCAGCGGCCCGCAGAGCUACAAGAAGAUGAAGUUUGAGGCUGGAGUUCAUCGAGUCCAGAGGGUUCCUAAGACCGAACGACAAGGCCGGAUGCACACCAGUACUAUGACUGUGGCUGUGCUGCCCCAGCCCACUGAAAUUUCUUUCACGAUAAACCCAAAGGAUCUGAGGAUUGAAACAAAGCGAGCGAGUGGAGCUGGAGGUCAACACGUCAACACAACAGACAGUGCAGUUCGAAUCGUCCAUCUUCCAACAGGUGUUGUUGCAGAGUGCCAACAGGAGCGCUCCCAGCUGAAGAACAGAGAGAAAGCCAUGACGGCUCUGAGAGCAAAACUUUACAGCAUGAAGCUGGAGGAGGAGACUAGCAAGCGCUACAACCAGCGCAAAGUCCAGAUUGGCUCCAGGGGACGAUCAGAGAAGAUCCGGACUUACAACUUCGCUCAGGACCGUAUAACAGACCAUCGCAUCGGCAUGACGGUGCAUGACGUCAAGGGGUUUUUGUUGGGGGAGGAUCUUCUGGAUGAGAUGAACUCUUCGCUACAGGAGUUCUCCAGCCAAGAGGCACUUUUGGAGCUUCUGGAAGAAAAUAGUCAGGAAGGCUUAUGAGUCUUGGCGUUAUAGAGAGGAAACGUCUGGUACGAACACUAACAUCGGCCAUUCCAACUCUCCUUUAGUUCCUUAUGCAAACAAACCACACUGCACUGAACUUUAAGACUGUGGAACUUGGUUGCAGAAAUUUAAACCCAUAAAUAUUUAUUUUGAAACACUUGCCAUCUUUAAGUCGUCAGUACAUUUUCUGCUGUAUGGAUGAAAGGAAUAUAUAUAUGUGUUUUUGCUGUAUCAUAUUUUUUUUUUCAUUUAAAACAUGACUGAUUUCUUGA